CCACAAUCGUCCCUUUCUCCAUUAACAGGAAGUAGACGUGCCUAAGGUGCUCGGUUCUUCAUCCGAAGCUAAGGCCUGUAAUCCGGCGACUAGCACCAUUAAAGUUAGGCAUCCGUCACCCUAAACGUGAAAACAUAUUAAUACGAUGGCUUCCGUAUCCGAGCUAGCUUGUAUUUACUCGGCUCUCAUCCUCCACGACGAUGAAGUCACUGUCACCGAGGACAAGCUGAAUGCCCUGAUCAAGGCUGCCGGCGUGAGCGUGGAGCCUUUCUGGCCCAGUCUCUUUGCCAAGGCGCUGUCCAACAUUGACAUCGGCAGCCUGAUCUGCAAUGUCGGUGCUGGAGGUGGCGGCGCGCCAGCCGGAGCCCCUGCCGCCGGAGCGGCUGUUGCCUCUGCUGGAGAUGCCCCAGCUAAGGCAGAAGAGAAGAAAGAAGAGAAGAAGGAGGAGUCUGAAGAGUCUGAUGACGACAUGGGCUUCGGUCUUUUUGAUUAAACUGGCUGUUUUUCUAAAAACAAUCAAA